AUGGACAAGUCAUCACCAAUCGCCAUCAUCGGCGCCGGCGUUUUCGGCCUGUCGACCGCACUUCACCUCGUCGAGUCGGGCUACACCGACAUCACCGUUUUCGAACGCGACGAGAAUGUUCCGUCGCGGUUCUCCGCUGCCUUUGACCUCAACAAGAUCAUUCGAGCUGAAUACGAGGAUGAUUUCUAUACCAAACUAGUUCUCGAAGCCCUUGAAGGCUGGAAGACACCACUAUUCGGCCCUUAUUACCACCAGACCGGCUACAUCGUCGCCACUUCGGGGAAAGCCCCUCAGAAAGCCGUUGAGACCAUGCAAAAGUCCUUAUCUUCGGUGCAAUCCAAGCCCGAGUUCGCCGACGAGAUAGAUAUCCUGCGCAACAAGGAUGACUUUAAGAAGUUUGUUUGGCAGUUCUCUGGGCCUCUCAACGGCUUCAAAGGAUACCACAACAGGCUCGCAGGGUAUGGCCACUCAGGAAACGCCCUGAAGGGUGUAUACCAGCAUUGCGCCGCCAGAGGGGUCCGCUUCCUCCUCGGCGAGCGGGCGGGCAAGGUCGCCAAGCUGGUUUAUGAUGCUUCCGGAAGAUGCACAGGCGUCCAGACCGCCGACGGUAUCAAGCAUGCCGCAGCGAAGACCGUUUGCGCGCUCGGCGCAUAUGGCGCCUCAUUGAUUCCAGGACUGGCCAACUUCACCGUCGCACGCUGCUGGUCUGUGGCCCACGUGCAGUUGACCGAGGAAGAGGCGGACUUCCUUCGCGGCAUCCCCGUCACCAAUGUCCGCGACUUGGGUUUCUUCUUCGAGCCAGACCCCGCGACUCGUCUCUUCAAGCUCUGCCCCCUAGGAGCAGGAUUCACCAACACCGUCAACGGUACGUCGACGCCAACUGAGUUCCCGUCUGCGGCGGCCCAGGACUUUAUUCCUCCCGAAGAUGAACGCAAGCUGCGAACUCUGUUACGCGAGACUCUGCCGUGGAUGGCCGACCGACCCUUCGUCGAUCGCAAGUUUUGUUGGUUCUCAGAUACCAAGGACUCGGAGUACUGUAUCGAUUUCGUCCCUGGGACGUCGAACUCCGUUGUCGUACUUGGAGGAGAUUCUGGCCACGGCUUCAAGAUGAUGCCGGUGUUCGGUAAAUGGGUCAAGCAACUCCUCGAGACCAGCAAACAAGAACUGCCACGCUGGCAGUGGCGAACACCUAAGAACAAGGACGAUAACUGGGGCGACGCGGUGAGCUGGAGAGUCGGUACCGUCAGGGAGAUGAAGGACUUGAUAGCUGAGAAUGAGGCCGCGCCGAAAGCUCGUUUGUGA